AAAAAAAAAACAUCAAAAUGACAAUUUAUUGACGUUUUUCGCAAUUUUUAAACCCCUACACUUUGAAAAUUCACCGAAAACAAAUUAUUGUAAAAUAUGUAAUUAUUAUGAUAAUUCUACAAUAACUAUCGCCAUAAUAAUUAAUUUAUUAUGUGCGAGAAUCAAUCUUGGUGCUACUACGAUGAAGAAUUCGAAAUUCGUCAUUUUACCGAAAAGAUAAGAGGACGUCCAGAUGAUCCCAAAAACAAAGCUAUCGCCGCGGCGAAGUCAUCCUUAGCGAAAACCAUCACCGUAAACCCGCUGAGUCCAUUCGCGCAAAUCCCAGAACCAUCGGAAUUGGAAGCCGCCAAAAGCCGUCAGCAUUAUAAUGAAUUCAAGAAAUCUUAUCAGCUGAGACACAGUGCGUUAUCACUACGCACACCAUCGACUAAAUUCCGCAUGCCAAUUAUACGAGAAUCACAGCAUUGUGAAAUGUAUAAAUUAUCCACACCAACACCAAGUCUGAAAUUGGUCGAAAAGAAAUCAUUUUCGCAGAGGCCAAACACCCAGGAUAAACUUGUCAAUGUCCCAUCUUGGACACAAGACUCCGAGGCUGAAUAUAAUCGGUAUACUGAUGAUACACAAGCGAUGAUGUUGUUGGAGAAAUUGAAACAAUUAGAGAUUAAUUAUACAAAAUCUCAGAAUUCAAAAAUUUCACAAUUUUCACAACACUCGCAAGAAUCUCAAAAUGCAGGCACGCAGAGUGUUUUAGAACAAGCUGAGAAGGAAGCCGAAGUAGGCCAAGAACAACUCGACACUAUCCGGAAAUUAUUACAAGUGGAUAAAUCUACAUCUAAACCAGGCGUAAGUUUACCAUUUAUAGAAGAAGAAGAAGAAGAAGAAAAAGAAGAAGAUCAUCCAAAGUUAAAACAAAAGAAAUUAGUCGAAAAUGUCAAAGAAAAAAUAUCGAAAUGCAAGAAAAAGAAUAUGGUAAUCACUUUAAACACACUCAACCAACGGAUACAGAAAAUGCAUGAGAAAUAUUUUAAUGAACCAAGAGUACAGUAUAAAUCACUGAAAGAUAUCGAAAAACGUUUGAAAUUAGAAAAAAGCAUCGAAGUUUUAUACGCCAAUGAAGGAUUCGAUCCGGAUAAAGAAAUCAGUCAGAUUUUAUUAGAAAACACCCCUGAAAAACAAGAUUCUAAUACAUCCCUUAACUCAGACUUAGAAUCUAAGACUAAAUCUGUGAAUAUCAUCCGGAAAGCAAUGAGUAUUCCUCUGGAAAGACAUGAAUUCACCACAGAUGUCAGCUCGGAUAAUUAUCUCCUGAAUAAAAAGAUAAAAAACGUUCAUUUUCAUGGUGAUGAAAUAAUCGAACCAGAAUCUGAUUCAGACUUAGAUAUUUUAACAUCUAGGACUGAGACUGAGAAUACAGUAAAAUCUAAUGAUACAAAUUGUACGACUAAAUAUCAAUCAGCAAAGGUUGAUGUAUUGCUUUCACCGCAACCCUCCGCUGAAUCUACCUCAUCGAAAUCAGCGAGUACUCUGCAUUCGAUUCAAGAUUCUAUUCUGAAGUCGGAAUAUCUCAUGAAAGAGUUUGAUCUGUCCUCGAGCGACCUCACGACUGGUUUGUCUAACUAUGCGACUAGUAUGUCAACGUCGAAGAAAAGUUCUGAUUCACUCGCUGGUUUGCCGAGUUUGCAAAGAUUUUUCUCGGCGACUAGUCGGGGUAAUUCCAGGAAUAACAUGCAGGAUGCUUUUAUGGAGGACUCAAUACGUACGCAAUUGAAAAAUUCGCUAUAUGAUAUUUUCUAAUAUUUUGUCUGUGCUGUGAUUGUUGUUUUUUUGCGAAAUGAAUAAAGUUUUUGGAGUUUUU